CCAUGGCCUACAUCAAGGCCUUAUCUUUACCCACCAGCAAAAUGGCGGCCAAACAUGACCACAACAUCGCCAUUAUUGGCAGUGGGAUCAUUGGGCGGAACUGGACAAUGGUAUUCGCUUCAGGUGGAUGCAACGUAAAUAUUUUCGACAGUGACGAAAAUCAAAUACAAAGUGCAUUGGUGGCAGUAAAAGAAACUUUGGAGCAAUAUGAAAAGGAUGGAAUUCUGAAAGGCUCUGAUUCAGCAGCAGAUCAGAUCGCAAGGAUCAGAGGGUGCUCCACCGUCAAAGAUUGUGUAUCGGACGCAACCUUUGUUAUGGAAUGUGUCCCGGAAAGACUGCACAUCAAGAGAAGUGUGCUAAGCCAAAUAGAUUUAUAUGUCAAAGACGAUGACGUCAUCAUGGCAAGUUCCAGCUCCUCCAUUUUCCCGUCCGUACUCUCAGAGGGAAUGCAACAUAAACGACAGAUCAUAGUGACCCAUCCGCUGAACCCGCCGUACUUCCUACCGUUCGUGGAGGUAGUGCCUGCGCCCUGGACAGACAAGGACAUCACUGAACGGGUCUGUCAGAUCCUCACGAACGUAGGGAUGACUCCUGCGGUCCUCAAAAAGGAAACUAAGGGGUUCCUUAUCUGCAGGGUCCAACACGCAAUUACGGCAGAAUGCUUUAAACUCGUCAGGGACGGGGUAGUGACCCCUGGUGAUAUCGACAAGUUGAUGCCCGACGGGCUGGGGAGGCGGUACGCCUUCCUUGGGGCCCUGGAAGCGUCCUACCUCAACGCUAACGGCAUGAAGGAUUUCUGCGAGCGAUACGGAGAUAAUAUAUAUGAACUCCAGCAGGAUUUCGGCCCUCCAGUGAAGCUAGAGGGGGCACCUCUAGAAAUCAUUGAGGCGGACAUUGGCAAACGGAUACCGCUAGAUCAGAUACAGGAAAAACGAGACUGGAGAGACAAGCGACUGGCUGAGCUCGACAAGUUUAUAAAUAAAACCAAAAAAUGAAUCUUACAUUGAUUUAAUGAAUGCCAGUUCAAUUCAUUAUAUAUUUCUAGUAUAAUAAAAUCACGGAUUUUAUUGUUAAUUUUCUACCAUAACUUACAAAAUAUGGUGCGUUU